UCUGGAUGUGGCAAAGUGUUGGAGUCUCUGAUGCUCCUCUGGCUUUUAUUCUGCAGAUUUCCAUUGAAACGGUACGGUAGCUCCAGGCUCCAGUAUCACAACAACAAUGAACUUUUCUGCCUCCCAUCGCAUGGUAUUGUUCAUGGUGGUACAGUAAUAAAAGAGCCAUUGAGGAUUAAUGUUAUCUUCGCCAGAAAGUCUAGGUUUGUAUUUUUUUUAAUAUCAUUUUCAUACAGUUGUUUGGUGUCUGAUUACGUCUCAGCUUCCGAGAAGGUCUCACCUCGUUUCACAUUUUAGCUCUCAGUGUUCAGCUCUUAUCUGAUUGGACUAAGCUCUUGAUUCUCAGUGUUUUGCUAUUGUUGAAAUCUGGGUUAGAUGGAACCUUUUUGUCUCAAACAACGGGUAGAUUAUACAGUAUCAUAUUGAACUUUAGUGUAGAAUAAAACCCCUAAAGUCCUCUGUAUCUGAUCAAGAAAAAGGCCUCUCACUGGUAUUGUAAGCACAAAUCCUCUGGUGCAUCUCAAUAAAUUACAAUAUCAUUAAAGAUUAUCUGCAACAACAAAAACAAAUCAAAUUCAGACUCAAGUGAGAGGUUUUGCAGAAAAGGAAAACUAUUUAAACCUGAACUUUCAAAAUAAAGCUCACAGAAAAAAGCUCAGUUUGGCAAAGCUCACACCAGCUAAAAUUAAAUAGGAAACAUGCUACCCAGAUGCGGGUCUAAACAGCCGUACUUCAGCUGCUUCUGUUUGUGAUCACUAAGGUGUAACAUGACCACUCAGGCAAACCAUGGAAAACACUGAGGGCUGCAAUUUGGACAGGCUGCAGGCAACUGAUUUACUGCGGCAAGUCCAAACAGAAGUGUAAGAGUCAAUGCCAGAGGGCAUAAAGGAAUGAAUGACUCCUUCUCAACAUCGGACAUAGUAGCCCUCCAUUUACCAGUGAUAAAAACAAGAAUGAACAACCUUUUGACAUAUGGUUCCAUAAAAUAAAUUGUGAUCAAAAGUCAGCCUUGGCUUUUUAAUGGUGGGUUAAAAAGCUAAAUGCCUUUAGCAUAGCAGUGACAGGAGAUAUUAACCGACAAUAUAUAAGGUCACCAAAAAAGCACCAAUAAUACUGGGCCAAGAACAGAACCCUGUGGAGCUCCAUGCUUAAAAGUAACUAAAGAGGAUUUAAAGUAAAAUUUUACAGCUUUGAAACACCUUAGUGAUACAUAUGAAGCAAACCUAUCCAGAACUAUACCAGAGUUAGUAAAGACUUAAAUCCAGGGUUAGUAAGACUACAGAUUCAGCUGCAUCCCUUCACAACAAGCCAGUAGAGGAGAGCUGAUUCAGCAGAGUGAGCUCUUCACAGGUCGCACUGAAUUUGGUUCAAAACAUUUAAGUCAUUGACUGAAGUUAAGUUUUCAAUCUUGAAAUUGAAAAGUUUUAUUGGAUUUUAAACAUUGGAACCCUUAGAUCCAUAUAAAGUUUUUUUUUUUUUUUUUUUUAAAGCAAUCCGGGACCAUGUUUAGUUUCCUGUUAUUGAGGGCUUAAAAGCAGAAGCUAUCCAGUCAUGGUCCAGUGCCAGCGAAGAUUUAUACAUGUGAUGUAACAGCAACCCCAAGAGUUUAUCACAGCCUGGUUCACUUCCUGACUGGUUCACCUCACUUUCACACUUGACCUGUUGCUAGUUGCAUAGAAUUUAACAGGUUUCCGUUGAAGUUUCCUGUUACAGAAACUAGUUUCAUGUGAUUUGGUAAAACUUAUAGUUUAAGUUUGUUUUUUUCAAGCUUGCACACACCGGUGGAUGUUUCCUCCCUCCUACUCACUACCCUUUUUCAGCCCUGGCUGCAGAUGUCAGCCAACAGUUUUGACUUCCUCUUUGCGAAGCUAUAAAAUAUUAACUCAUUUGUUUGUCUCAAUGAGUUUUAGAUAUUCACGUUUACUCCUUUAUCAGGACUCCACUCCGGAGCUCUGCAGCAUGAGACAUCUGACUACUUGCUCCCUGACCUUCCUGUUGGCAUCGCUGAUCCGGGGUCAAAUGUUAAACGGGGAUGAGGGGAGGCCGUCCUGCAGUCGCUGCGACCUCCAUCUCUCCUGUAACUGCUCCUACAGCGGGUUCACCAGCGUUCCCAUGGUAACAGACCAAGCUCUGAGCCUUGACCUCUCCUUCAACAACAUCACCAUGGUGACCCAAGAUGACCUGAUGGGAUUCUCCCGAUUAAGGGCUUUGGAUCUCCAUGGUAACAGAUUAGCUGUGAUGCAUCCAUCAGCGUUCGACCCUCUGUGGAGCCUGGAGGAUCUGGAUCUCUCUGACAACCAGCUGACGACCCUCAACCACAAGUGGUUCAGCAAGCUGGAGGUCCUGCAGCAGCUCAACCUGCUCGACAACCCAUACAGCCGUCUCAGCUCUCCUUCGUUGUUUUACGGACUCGUCAGACUGAGGAGGCUGAUGUUUGGAGGUUCAGAUCUGAAGGAGCUGAGGACAGGAGAUCUGUUAGGAGUCACGGAGCUGGAUGAGCUCACUGUGCACGCCAACAACCUGGCCAGGUAUGACUCCGGAACAUUAGGAGACAUUUGGCCUCUGGGUCAUGUUACCUUAAGCCUCCAUGGUCCUUUUCUAACCAACGUGACCUUGGCUGCAGCUGUGCUCGCUGACAUAUCAUAUCCUGAGACUCAAAUAACUCUAGAUGACCUCCAUCUGGUUGGGAAUCAGUCUGUCGGGCCUUUCAGAGAGUCAGCCAAGAGGAGGAUUAGGCAUCUUUCUUUUCGCAACUUUUCUGUGUCUGAUCAGUCGAUUGUCGACCUCCUGGUGGUGAUAGAUGGAGUCCCGAUCUCCGUCAUUUCCAUGGAAGACGUCACGCUGACGGGUGAGGGGAGGUGGGAGAAAGCCAGUUGGACCGAUCACAAAAGCAUCGACGAAUUCUUUCUCCGAAAUGUUGUGGUGCUAGACGUCUUCAAGUUCACCUCAUUCCUACAGCUAAAUUUUCUUCUGCAUUACCCAAGGAAGGUGUCCGUCAUAAAUGCUGGGGUGUUUGUGAUGCCCUGUGCAACAUCCAGACUGCUGGUAAAUCUGCAGUACCUAGACUUGUCCAACAAUCUGCUGACCGACCUGACUAUGGCAGAAUCGCUUUGUCAUGGAGAGAAAACACUGAAGGAACUCAGAGUCUUAAACAUCAGUGGAAACCCUCUAAAGUCUUUUUCCAUGAUUAGAAGAAUGGUAGCCAGGCUCCUGAAACUGACCCACCUGGACAUCAGCAGAACUGGCUACAACUCAAUGCCCUCAAGUUGCUCCUGGCCGUCUACAUUGAAAUACCUCAACAUCUCCAGAGCUAAGCUAACCACCACCACUCCCUGUCUACCAGCAUCACUUGAGGUGCUAGAUCUGAGCUACAAUGAUCUCAAAGGCUUCUCCGAGUUCUUACCUUUACUGAGAGAACUGUACCUCUCUGGGAACAAGUUCCUAGAGUUACCUGGUGGACAGUUCUUUCCCAGACUACAAACUCUUACAAUGCAGUUUAACACCCUGAGCAUGUUCGGCCUUUCAGACCUCCACUCGUACAGACGACUCGAGAACCUCCAGGCAGGUUACAACAAGUAUGUCUGCGGCUGUGAUUUUGUUAACUUUCUACAGUCACAACUAAAGGGAGGCGGAGAUGUCAAGUUAACAGACAGAGAGGACAGCUACACCUGCAACUCCCCUCUCCACCUGCUGGGUGAGGCAGUGAGUCAGGUCCACCUCUCGGUCGUUGUUUGCCACCCGGUUUUGUUCAUCUCUGUGAGCUGCGGGGUCGCCCUUUUGAUCGGGGUACUGAUAUGUGUUCUGCUGUGGCGACUCCACGCCUUCUGGUACCUAAAGAUGACUUGGGCCUGGCUCAAGGCCAAGCGAAGUUCCCAGAAACCACGAAAAGAUAUUCUGGAGUCGGAAGUGUUGCAGUCCUUCGAUGCUUUUGUUUCCUACAGUGAAAGAGAUGCCGGCUGGGUAGAAAACUUCUUGGUACCGGAGCUGGAGGAACCAAGAGAGGAUGGUUCCAGGAGUCCCGGGUCCUCGCGGCCAUUGUCCUUGUGCCUCCACAAGCGGGACUUCCUUCCUGGACACUGGAUCAUGGAUAACAUUAUGAGCGCCAUCGAGCACAGCCGACAUACUGUCUUCAUCCUCUCUGAGAACUUCCUCCAGUCCGACUGGUGCCGCUAUGAACUGGACUUCUCCCACUUCUGGCUGUUCGACGCCGGCGGAGACGCUGCCAUCUUGAUCCUGCUGGAGCCGCUCUCCAAAGACAACGUCCCCAAACGUUUCUGCAAACUCCGCAAACUCAUGAGCUCCACCACCUACCUGGAGUGGCCUCAGGAGGAGGAGAGGAGGCCGGAGUUCUGGAGGAGUCUACGCAACGCUCUGAGAGGAGACGAUGACUGAAAGUGAAAGAGUCGGGAAGGAUAGAGGAAGGAAAAGACAUCAAAUAAAAUGGAUGUGGAUUCAAACAAAGAAAAAGAAAAAGAAAAGGGAAAAAAUAUGGACAAAUAGAAAAAAUUACAUGAUUAGUUUACAAAAAAAUGUUGAUUUCUUUUGAAUAAACUGUCCAGAGCCCCUAUGCUGCAACUAUUUAUGUCACCUCACUGACUACUUAGAAAUGUCAAACAGUAUUUCUAUCAUGUGAGUAGAAGUGGAGGUGGUGGAAGAAUAUAAAUAUCUUAUUGUUCAACUGGACAACAGACUGGACUGGAGAAGCAACAGUGAAGCCGUCUGCAAGAUUCUGCAGAACUUCUAUAGGCCUGUAGUGGAGAGAGCAAUCUCCUGUGCCAUCAAAGAAGGCUGGUUCUGUUCUGGUUCUGUUCUGGGGUUGUUCUGGAACCUCUGGAGAUGAUUGUUAAAAGAAGGAUGUUUCAUAAAAUGUGUGUUCAGUCAGAUGCUUCUUCAGAUCCACUGUAAUACUGACCCCUACAGGAGAUCCUUCCUGCUCACAGCCAUCAACUAUCUGCAACAACCCUUUAAAGAAACUUGGACAAUAUAACAUUUCAUUUUAAUUUAGGAUUAAUUAAGUGAGAAAGAUCAGUUAGAAAAGCGCUAUCUCCCCAGCUAACAGUACAGCUAACAGUAUGCUGAAGGGAUUUCAUGGUGUUUAGCUUCAGUGUGUUGUUUUCUUUCACUGACAGUAAUUUAAACUGGCCACUGGGUGGAGCUGUGGACUUCUAAUUUGGGUCAGACUCUGAACCCAGAACAAUGGUUUAACUAGGACCAAUGCAGAAUGUAAAAAAUUCUAUUUUAGAAAAAAAUACCAUAAUUAAGUCUUUGGUUUUGCAAAAACAGAUCCAGUGUAACGUUUGGUUUUGUACGAUUUUAAUUUAUGUCCUUAAAUCUUUUUAAGUAAAUACCCCUAAUCCUGAUCUGUAAAGGCUAAAAUAUGUUUGAUGAAAAUAUUUAUUUUCAUUUAUUUGAAAAAAACAACUUUGACAAAAACUAGGCAAAAAAAAAAAAACCAUCCUCACCUUGUAUCUGUGAACGAACCAAAGUAGAAGACGGUAAAGCAAGGCAGUGUUUGUGUAUUUACGUAAAUUAACCCUAAAAAUCUAAGCGUAUUACUUACAUAUCAUGAAUAUUCAUAAAAUAAUCCAAUUAGAGAGUGAGCAGUCACCUGUAAACUAUCAGCCCCCUCAAAGCGUGUGGAUAUUAGAUCAUACAGGUCUUCACUGCUGCAGUAAAUUAACAGAAACCUGAAAUGUUUUCCCUCCUGCUAAUGAACAGAAGUAGGUGGGUCCUUAAGGUGGCAUCAUUACCAGCCAUUCUUGCAUUGCCUUGGUGUGGACUGCUUUAGUUAGUAUCCACAGCUACUCACUUGCUGUUAUAUUCUACUUGAAACAGUAAAACAAUCUGAUCUAGCGCCCUCUACUGGACGAUAGUCCUCAUUACAUGAAUGCAUAUUCUGACAUAUUGAACUGAGUCAUUUGUAUGUGUGACAUAUUAUUUCAGGCUGUUUUUUUCCCAUUUAUUCCACCUAGGUGGUGAAUAAAUAAACCUUGAAUGUUGAUCUUGAUAUCCACCUUUAGAUCUUUAUUCAUAUACAGUUACACCCCUAGAAUAUAAAGGUGUUUGGGUCUAUAGAGCAGAUUUGUUAAAGAAAUGUUUUUUAUGUCUGUGAGCUGCCUUUCUGGUUUAUUGAAAUUUAUGAGGAUAUGUUUAGAAAAUGUAUUCAUUUGUUUGAUGUUUUCUUUGCUAAAUCCCCUGUAUAUCUAUUCGCUCUCUUGGUGUUAAACCAUUUCUGUGUUUGUUUUAAAUAAUUGAUAUAAAAUACUAAUUUCAA